AUGAUCUGGACCAAGAACAACUACUUACAGCUGUUGCAUAAUUUCGCUCCGUUAAUGAACGUUCCACGUUUUUUUUUUUCUCUCUCUCUUGCCUCGGUCCGUCCUCGUGUCCUCGUGGCCCUUUCAGCUUCGGAGCAGUUAGGAGCACAGCAUCAGUUUGGUGUUGUCUACUUCUACUACCCCGGGCUGCAAGCAGGCAGGCGAGAAGGCCUCAAAUGCAAAGGGUGCAAGAGACAACACCCAAACUUUUCGUAUGUUCUUUCGGACAAAAAUUCAAACUUUUUCGAAGCGAUGACCAGAUCCCAAUGCCAAGCCAAAGAAAAAAUUUACUUACAGAAUGUGAUAUCGGAUAUUACAAGAAGAAAUUAAUCGUUGUACAGCUGUACCCCAGUUUUUACUAUCAGCCCCACUCAUUUGGCUUUAUCGUUAUCCCUGUUUCACUACUGUAUCUGUAACUCCUUGCCAAGAACGCAGGUGGCUGUUGCAACAUAAAACAAGCUCGAGAGAACACGGCUGGAGGAGGUAGUAGAGAACUCUACAAAUCAGUCACAGGCUUGUCCGUACGUUAGGUCCACUUCAUGUAGCGGGGUAUGAAAGCAAAUAACGAACCUAUGCCGUGCCUAACCAGGCACUGGCUUCAUAAUAAUUUCACCCACGCUGGGCGAGGCGCAAGAGCCCGAUGUCAUAAGCUACAAUUCUAGCGGCCGGUCGAAAUUUGCGGACCCCGUAAUUUUCUGUUGCAGCAAGCUACUUCUCUUCAGAUGAAAUAAACAUAUGCAAUUGCAAGCUCCACCCCCGAUGAAAAACAACUACUUUACGAAAAAAAUAAACGCUAGCAGAAGUACAGCAUGUACGGGAGCUGCGUGCUGUUGUUUUUUUCUUCGUGCGCCAGCAGCGGGUUCCCUGUUUUAAUUUCUGAACGGAUGACCACGAGGGAGGUGCUGGUGAUUUGUUGUUCUGUUACCGUAGAGGACCAGUCCUGUGGCUAGUCUCUUGUGCUCUCGUCCAAGAAGCCACUUUCGAACAUCAUUCGGUCUUGAUGGAUUACAUCAAUCAGUUCCUGCGUAAUUAGCACUAUAGUUUAUCAUAUAUAUAAAUAUUUGCAUCGACAACUCCGUUUCCGCUUUGUUCAAAUAUUCUACGUCUUAUCGUUCCUUCGUCCAACAAAACCUAAUCGUUCCACAAGAACUCGUGCAACUAUUCUAGAUUCUGUCGACUUCGUAUAUGAGUUAAGUUUUCGUUUAUGAUUUACAUAUCGAGCGGCCGACGAAUCUCGUCACAAGUGUUUCCUACACUUGAUCAACACAUCCACCGAACACGCAUGCGCCAGGGUGAAAUGAGAUGGGAGUGUGGUGAUGUCUCCCCGCGGCCAAGAAAACAGUUUUUAUUUGCGAAGCAUGACUCGGCGUACUCAGGAAAUGGCAAG